AGAGAGAGACAGAGAGAGAGAGACAGAGGGGGAGGUUGGUUCCUGAUACCGAGACACGGAAAAGCAGGGGAGGGAGAAUCACAGAAAAAGACGAGCGUGGAGAGAGGGAGACAGCGAGCAGGGGAAUUACACUGACCGACACACACGCGUCUCCCAGCUGACUGCUGACAUUGUUGACGUGCUCACUCUCUCAAACCUGUCACGAGCGAAAUACUGGAGCUCCAAAGCAUCGACAUCGCGCUCCCCCAGAACUCAUGGGUUAACAGACUCUGUUCAGAAGAAGCAGCCACCCGUUAGUCCAAUGAAUAACCGGAAGGAAGACAUGGAGAUCACGUCGCACUACCGGCAGCUCCUGCGGGAGCUGAACGAGCAGCGGCAGCACGGCAUCCUGUGUGACGUGUGUGUGAUCGUGGAGGGCAAGAUCUUCAAGGCGCACAAGAACGUGUUGCUGGGCAGCAGCCGCUACUUCAAAACACUUUACUGCCAGGUGAAGAAGAGCUCAGAGCAGCAGGCCACCAUCACACACCUGGACAUCGUCACAGCUCAAGGCUUCAAGACCAUCCUUGACUUCAUGUACUCUGCCCACUUGGCACUCACUAGCAAGAAUGUGAUUGAAGUGAUGUCGGCCGCCAGCUAUCUGCAGAUGACCGACAUAGUGCAGGCGUGUCAUGGCUUCAUAAAGGCAGCGUUAGACAUCAGCAUUCGCUCCGAGCUUGCAGAUGAACUUGCAGAUAUUGAGAUGGGCAACGUGGUGAGCUCUAUGGGAGGCGGGGCUGGGCCUGGUGUGGGUGGAGCCUCGGAGGCACUGGCGUCCAUGAUCUCGGCCCGCAGUUCCUCGCCAUGGUUGGCCAGACGCACCAGCCCGGCGAACUCAUCUGGUGACUCCGCCAUCGCUAGCUGCCACGAAGGCGGUAGCAACUAUGGCAAAGAGGACCAGGAACCCAAAAGCCAUGAGAGCCAGGAGGAUGCUUGUUUGCAGCCCUUAUGGCCUACUGAUUACCGUUCUGUCCAGGUCAAAGAGGAGCAGGUCUCCCCCUCCAAUCUGCAAGAUGGGGCUGGCCAAGGGGCACAAGGCAUACCUGGAGAGCAAGGUGGACGAGGAGAGGGGGGCUGGCAACCCCCAGGCUCAGGCCGCAGGAAAAACCGCAAGAACAAGGACACAGUCAGGCACAUAACCCAACAGAAUGAAGGGGACAGUCGGACGGCAUCGCCGCUACCGUCCAUGGUCUCCAAUCCUGGCUGGAGCUACAGCAACCAGGACAUUUCAGGUGCAGAAGUGACAGAACCCAACAUUUCCGACACCCGCGGCGAGCGCAUGGACCUCCUGGUAAAGCAGGAGGAGGCCGCAGCGGGGGACGGAGCGUUUCUGUCCGGGGAGCGGGAUGAGGCCGUGGCCCAGGAGAGAGCGGGUUCGGUGGCCAACCUGCGAGCCGCCCUCAUGAGCAAGAACAGUUUGUUGUCUCUGGGGGCAGAGAUGCUCGGAGAGGAGAACCCGCUUCUGUUCGACUACCUGCCCAAGGGAGGACACUCUCUCUCCCUUAAUGACUUCACAGUGAUCAGGAAGAAGUUUAAGUGCCCAUACUGCAGUUUUUCUGCCAUGCACCAGUGCAUCCUGAAGAGGCACAUGCGUUCACAUACGGGCGAGAGGCCGUAUCCCUGUGAGAUCUGCGGGAAGAAGUUCACCCGGAGGGAACAUAUGAAACGCCACACACUGGUGCACAGUAAGGACAAGAAGUACGUGUGUAAAGUAUGCAGUCGUGUCUUCAUGUCGGCCGCCAGCGUGGGCAUCAAGCACGGCUCUCGGCGUCACGGCGUCUGCGCAGACUGCUCGGGUCGAGGCAUGGCUGCCCUGCUGGACCAGAAUGGUGAGGACGGCUCGCCAGAAGAGGAACUCUUGUAUUCCGGUGACCACCGUUUCCCCGAUGACACCGCCGAUGGAGAUGGGGAAGAGGAGUUGAUGGUGGAAGCGGAGCUGAUGGGAGAAGGUGAAGGAGAGGAGGAGAAUGGGAAAUGGCGGGCUGGCUCAGGGAUGUCACAGCGAGACGACAGAGUAAUAGACGAUGGCAAAGAGGAAAGUGACUCAGCUCUGGAAGGUGAUGCCAGGACGGGAAGCGAGAAAGACUUCAGUUGGAUCUCCUAAUCCAAUGCCUGGAUGCUAUUCCAAGGUUGACCACCUGUUCCUAUAAGGAGAUAUGCUUAAGGCAGGGCAAUCGGAUCUCAGCAUAAGGGAGGAGCCGGAUUCAGAGAGAUCCUUCAGAUGCCCACAGGGCUGCCAAAGGAGAGACAGUGGAGAGUCCUCUCGCCCCCGACUCCAUGUGCUUCUGACCCAGGCUUCAGUUUGUCUCCUUUCUUCCUUGAGGACCAAACGGGUUUCUGUGUAUGUGUUUGCUAUUUCUUCAGACAAAAGAGAUUGCAUUGUCUCGGGAGACUGUCCAAAUCAGUACCAUGCUUUGAUGGGUCAGACAGACAAAGUGUACGAAAGAUGUGCUCUUGCCAUAUGGUCAGUUUCCACCAGGGGGCACUGGCUAAUCUAUUGCGCAGCAGUUCACGUCAGAAGACUUGCACGAGUUUUGUUGGCACAUUGUUGUUUUCUGCGAAGAUAAACUGCAACAGACUUGCACUUUAAACAUUGACUAGAGUCCUAUCGAUUCCCUGUUUCUGUGGUUUACAUUUUUAUUCCAAUUUACAUAGAUGAAUAUGGUGACCGCACCUACCUUUAAGGAUACACAGUAUGUCCUUAUGACUGUUAUAUAUGAACAUUUGUGCUAGGAGUGCUAAUUAUAAUGUAUGCCUUGUAAUGUUUUAUUUUGUUGCAAUUUUCAUUCCUGAACAUUUAUAUAGAGCGGAAAAAUCAUGUAUAUAGACACAUAUAAGAGAGAUGUUGAUUUUGUGUUUUCAACAAAGAAUGGUAAAGGGGAAGAUGGGUGAACACUAUGCAGAAACGAAUCUUUCUAGUUCUCAACAAUCUUUAUUCUCUCUAUUAUGGGAGAUAAAACUUGUCUUCAGCAAUGGCAAAGGAGAGAGAUUGGAGGAGAUAUACGAGUAGAUUUAUGGAAAUAUUACUUGUAAAGACUGUAAUAUUUCCUCAUUAUUUGCAUUCCAUAGUGGACACAGUCAGGGAUAGGUAUGGUUUUAUACAGUGGGUUUCCAGUGUGGUGUUUCUAUAAAAAAAAAAAAAAUAAUACAUUAACAAAACCUGUAUGCAAAUGUGUGUAUUUUGUAGGUUUGGUGUGUGUGUGUUGGGGUGUGUGGGGGGGUUAACUCAAGCUAACAUCAUUCAGAAGCCUUUACUAAAACGAUUCAGACUCUCUCCUCUCGACCCUCUUUUUACAUUCGACGUACUUCGCAUUUGCUCACAGCCUUGCCAUUGUACUGUACCGAGUCUGCCUCUGAAAUCUUAAAGCCGUGUGAUGUGACAGGGAGAUAACAUGCCUUCCCACUAAAUAUUUAUUGCUCUAACUUUGGGAAUAUUCAGAAAUAUGCAUCAAUUUCUUAAUCAGUGAACCACAGCUUUCUUUUGUUAUCAGUCCAUUUAAGAUGACGAAACAAAAACACUUUGUAAUGAGACCAUGGGGACUGAUGUGUGCUGUAAAGUGAAAUUGCUGUUCAUUUAUUGGGUUUAAAUGUUUAUUUAUUUAGUUUGUGUUUUUUUGAGGGAGAGAUUGUCUAAACAUUUUACACAUCCUUACCAUUCUGUUUGACUCAGUGUGUGUGUGUGUGUGUGUGUGUACGAGUGCGUGAAGGACCGGGUUCAUGAAUGUCUUUUUACUUAUUGUUUUAACAAUCUGUGCCAGAAUCUUUGACAAUGGGAAUAAACGCUAUAUUAUGCUUUACUUAUGAUUAACAAAUUUUGAUUAUUAUGGUUACUGUUGAUGUUGUAAUUCUUAUUGUUAUUAUGAUUAUAAUUAUUGUUAUUAUUAUUAAGUGCUGGAGGCUAAGCUUUAUUAUCUGUUUCAUUUUUCAUUUCCUUUCUUGAAAAACAGUGUAAAACUUUCCAAUCUUGCCUUUCUAUGGACAGCAAGCCAUGUGGCUUUCAGAAGUAAUUAUAUUGUGCCAGUUCCAUGCAUUUCUGGGUGAUAUUUGAGAACAUUUUUUCCUUAUUAUAUUCUAUUUUGUUUUUGAAGGACGAACCUUCUGAGAGCUUAACUUACUAAGUGUUGACAAAGAUAUAUACAGCACACACUUUUAUAUUACUAACGUACACUAAGUAAUGAAUAUUAUACCAAAAAAUAAUAAUCUGGUAUACUUUUAGUAUACAUUUAGUGCUUUUGUUUCGAUUUGGUGUACAGGUGCGAAGCUUUGAUCAAACAGUGAUUUGCUUGGUUGAUUUCAUUUUUUUCCCCCUCUACUUUGAGAAAGCAAAGAUUAUAGUGUUAUGUUAUGAAGGGCCACUUGAAAGUACAUUUUAAAGAAGAAUCGCAGCUUUAAUUCUGUUGCCCUUGGAAACAUGCUCAAGUUUUAAUGGAUGUGCUCUACUGUAUGCCAUGACUCUGCAUCUGAAGUUUGAAGGCUGGCCACUAUCAUGUGGAAACAUGGGAAAUGUAUGCUUUGCAAUGAGAACUUUAGACCUCAAAUGUCAUUGGCCCAAGCGCCAGGCACAACUGCUAUCCAAAUUCCUCCAAAUAAUUGGACAUUUAGCUUUUUCCUGUUUAAUUUAUUGUGUGUUCUUUACCUUUAAUUGAAAUAAAAUCUGUUGGAAUUUAAAAGACAAACUGGAUCACA